AUUUGGCGGUGUCUCAGCACCAGUAUCAUCUUCCUCUACCUCUUCGAGGAACGCAGCAGUCUGUUGAUACUUGUUCCAUCCGGUAUCAGCGUUCUCAUUGAAUAUUGGAAACUGAUGCGCAUGACGAAGAUCACACUUACUUUCCGAGACGGCCUGUCGAUAGGCACACGCAACAAGGAGGAGCAGGAGACUGACCAACUCGACGCUUAUUUUAUGCGCUGGCUAAUAAUGUUUAUGACUCCUUUGUGCAUCAGCGGCGCCAUAUACUCCCUCCUCUACAUGCCCCAUCGCAGUUGGUACUCGUGGUUUCUCCAAACAGCUGUUAACGGAGUCUAUGCUUUUGGAUUCCUGCUCAUGACACCACAAUUGUUUAUCAACUACCGGCUGAAAUCUGUUGCUAGUCUUCCUUGGAGAGCUUUAACCUACAAGGUAAGCUGA